AUCCCGUCGCCGGCUCCCAACUCCUGACCCGAGCCUGGCCUGGCAAAUUCUGCUCUUGGGCCGCGCUGAAUGUCGAUACGUAGUACUACGUACCACGAAGUCGCAAUCGGCAGACGUCUCGUCUCGCGUCGCCCCGAGACACACCACCCGCCACAGGCACAGCGCCAUGUCUUGCGCGCGCGCACAUGCAGGUCCGCGGCCGACCCAGCCAGCCAGCCAGCCAUCCCGACACCAGGCACAAAGCAAGCCGCCCUCGCACAAGAACGCAGAACGAUGCCUGCCCACCUGCAGUGGCACACACACGACCAGGCGCCAGGAUCCACCGGCUCACGAACCGGGCCCCUCUGUGGGACCCCCCCAUACCCCCCAUCAACAUCCUCCGCCACGAUCCGGCGGGACAAAGGAGCCUGGUCUGGCUGGCAGUUGGCCACGUCCGCGCAACUUGUUGAUUGUAAGCCGCCUGUGGCCCCAUCACGGUUCCAACACCAUCGGACGUGGCCUGUGAGGGAACGCAGGUGCCAUGGAUGGGACCACUGGCCACCCACCCAUCCACAACAAUGUUCCGUUCAGGCAUCCCGCCCGCCGUCUCUCCACCUUUUAGGCCCAGUGACGACGCCUGCUUGCUUCUCUAGCCAUCGCGCGCUCCAGGAAUGGAACAAGGAGCCCACUACUAGCCCGCGAACUCCGUCCUCGGCUUGCUUGGGGCCGCUCGAUCCAGCAGCUACCAGCCCUGUUUAUCAUCCCCAGAUGUGCUGAGGCCUCUUUAGCCGUCGUAGUCCCCCUCCUUCCUCGACUCGCGUUUUUGGUUUCCUUCUCUUACAUCCUCGGCAUCUCUUUCAUACUUGCUUUCUCUCUCUUACUUCUGUGACGCCAUCGACAGUCUUCCAGACGGCCACGAUCGUUUACUGCCGUGUCUCGGUCUCCAUCUCAUCUUCUAUACAUAAACAGAAGCACUCGUUAAUCUCUUAAAACUUCGUAAUGCCUUCUUCGGCAUCCCUUCUCACCCUGGCUACGGCCGUGUCGUCAGCGGCCGCUGCCUUCCAGGGGUUCAACUAUGGCAGCACAUUCACCGACGGCAGAGUCAAGUCCCAGCAGGACUUUGAGGCCGAGUUCAAGACGGCCGCUGGCCUUGAGGGCACCAAGGGUGGCUUCACCAGUGCUCGCCUCUACACCAUGGUGCAAGGCGGCACUCCCAAUGACCCCAUCUCGGCUAUUCCUGCUGCCAUCAGCACCAAGACCAGCCUUCUCUUUGGACUUUGGGCCUCCGCCGGCGAAGCCUCAUUCAAGAACGAGCUGGCGGCUCUCCAGAAGACAAUCGAUCAGUACUGCGGGAAGCUCGAUGGGCUUGUCGCCGGUAUCUCGGUCGGCAGCGAGGAUCUCUACCGUAUCUCGCCCAUCGGCCAGGCUGCUAGCCCCGACCCUGGUGCGAGUCCUGACACCCUUGUCAGCUACAUCAAGCAGGUCCGCGACACCAUCAAGGGCUCGUGUCUCCAGGAUGCCCCCAUCGGUCACGUCGACACUUGGACCGUCUAUGUGAACGAGACCAACAAGCCCGUCAUUGACGCCGUCGACUGGGUCGGCAUGGACGCCUACCCCUACUACGAGAACACCAAGCCCAACGAGCUGUCCAACGCCAAGAGCCUCUUCCAGGCUGCGCUCGACAAGACCAAGGGCGUUUCGGGUGGCAAGCCGGUCUGGAUCACGGAGACGGGCUGGCCUGUCAGCGGCGACAAGUCUGGCGCCGCCGUUCCUUCGCCCAAGAACGCCAAGGUCUUCUGGGACGAAGUCGGUUGCCCCAUGUUCGGCAAGACCAACGUCUGGUGGUUCACUCUCCAGGAUGGUUCUCCCACCACUCCCAACCCUGCCUUUGGCGUCAUUGGCUCUGAGCUCACGACGAAGCCACUCUACGAUCUCUCCUGCGACAACGUCGACCCCCCACCUUCGUCGACGAGCAAGGCUAGCAGCAGCUCCCAGCCCUCGUCGACCGCCGUUCCCGUCCCCAGCUCCAGCGGCGCUCAGACGGAGCAGCCCUCUACUACCACGCCCGGCUCCGGCUCCGGCUCCAGCACCGGCUCGGCUUCCAACAGCGCCCCGGCCGCCACGACUACGGCUCAGGGCGGCAAUGGCUCCUCUUCGGCUGCUCCCACGACGGUGAGCACUGUUGUGGCCCCCCCUCCUGUCGGCGGCAACUCGUCGUCCGCCGGUGGCUCCGUGCCUCCUGGCACGAACCCCGGCGCCAGCAGCCAGCCAACGGGCGCUACCGGCACGGGCUCCCAGCCCACUGUGUCGCCGUCCAACAUCCCGCAAGCUGCAGCUGGACGCGUCAACUCGUUUGGCGCCGCCGCGGUGGCCAUCGUCAUGGCCGCCGCCGUCGUGUAAGAGGUGCCGCAUCGGUACGGGCUGUCCAUCGUACACAACGCCCUCUCAUAAUAGCGGUUCUUUCUUGGGAUAGAAUAAUGUACAUUCACGGAUUAUAUUGGUCUUGAGAGUUUUUUUUUUCAAGCCUGGGACAUGAAAAAACCAUUGGGGGAUCGAGCCGUAAGCGCGGAUCGCGGCGUCAACAUAGGAAGGUAACAACGGGUCUGGAAUUGUACACGGUUGCACACUCAUUUGGAUACGAGAUACAUCUGCAUCUAUAUAUUAGAGCGCACACAAAAGCUAAGACGAUGAGGAAGAAUAUCAUUGGAGAGAAUUGUCACGAGAGA